AUGGCCUUGGUUUUUUUACGAAAACAACAACUGUUGCUGUUUCUUCAAGAUGCAACACAUUUGGUGACUAAAUGGCGUAAUCGUUUAUUAUUAUCAACAGCUGAAUUGUGUAUUGGUAGCAAAGCUAUAUCAGUCAACCAUCUAUAUGAUAUUAUUGACAAUCCAGCAUUUACUAAAUUCGAUCAUUGUCUCACAAAAACCGACAUUAAUCCUAAAGAUCGUCAAAACUUCAACUCCUGUUUGAAAAUAACAAACAAUGGCCUUCUUCGAAUUUUAAGUGAGAAUGUAAAUACCCAAGGAACAUUUAUCUAUCUUCAAAUGUUAAAAAUGAUCAUAGUAGCUUAUGUUGAAAAAGCAACAACAAUUACUGAGCAUAUUGAACAACUAAUUGCUGAUGCAUAUGAUGAUGCUGUUACAAUAUAUGAUGAUUUAGAAGUAUUGGACAUAUUAGAACAAAAGCAUGUACUUGGUUUAAAUUCAUUAAGUGCAUAUAUAUUUGAACAUUUAAAUACGAAUUCUCAGAUGUACAAUUUCUCAUCUCAAGUAGAUAUCAUCGAUAGUGAAGAAUUUGAAUUAGCUGCUGAUGAUGAUGAAGACAUCAACAGUGACAAUUCUACUUAUGAAGAUUCUUCUUCGGAUAAUGAUCAUACUGAUGAUGAAGAGCAAGAAAUUACAACUAAAUUCAUUAAUACCACGAAAAGAGACUUUUUUGGAACAAAAGUCUAUGAUACAAUAAAGCCUGGCGUACAAAACACUUAUUUUAAAGUUUUAAUUAACAAUCAAACAAAGUAUUUACAUAAACGGUCUGCUUGUUGGUUAUUAACAGAUGAAACAAAUAAACUUUCAAACGAUAGACUUCUCGGAGUAAUGCAGAAUAGAAGAGAAGAAUGA